AUGCUUUUCGGACGAGACUUUAUCCCAACUGUCCUGGCCUUGGCCUUAUCUGCGACGAGUGCUGAGGCCACCAUUGCCAUCGGGACCGCCGCAGGUUUCAACGUGAUGUGGGUCGAUGGUACUGACCCGUGCCGCUGGACGAGGAUCAACAAUCAGCCCGACAACCCAUGCAACAUCCACCUCGCUAACGGGCUCUCUGGCAACGGGUUCAAGUACAUGCUGGAGGGCUGCGGUGGCCCUCUGUGGCUGGUAAAUGAUGACGGCUCCUUCAACAGUAACUGCCGCUCCGCAUCGGCCAACCUCGCCUGCAACGUGCACCGAACCUACCUCUGCUAG